UGGUGUUAUGAUGUCUACCUCUGACAUUUCCAGUCUUGUUCUGUUUUCUGGGUCACCAGAGAGUCAAGAAUUGUGGUAAAUAAAAGGCAAAGAACUCUGACUGUGAGUUUAAAGGGUCUCCUACCCAUGAACUGUUGAGCUUUAGUUAAAGGUGCUACAUCUGAGUUUUUACCCUGUUUAUAACAAUCGUGGAUAUGAGCUUCAUUGCAGACGACUGUGGUGGCCUGAACUCGGACCUCUAGAGAAGCAAGAAAAUGGACACCUGACAGUACAGAGAAACGAUACUUCACUUACUUCAUUAUGCAUGAGUUUACUGAAUUCCUGCUGUCUGAAAGGAAGGGUGACAGGUGUGUGUUACCCAAGCAUUGCUGCUGUGCAGAUCCACCCUGCACCUGGAAACAAUUGAUUGUGUCCUGUGCCGAAGAUGUUUCCAGAACAACAGAAAGAGGAAUUUGUAAGUGUCUGGGUUCGAGAUCCUAGGAUUCAAAAGGAAGACUUUUGGCAUUCUUAUAUUGACUAUGAGAUCUGUAUUCAUACCAAUAGCAUGUGUUUUACAAUGAAAACAUCCUGUGUGCGAAGAAGAUAUAGAGAAUUUGUGUGGCUGAGGCAGAGACUCCAAAAUAAUGCAUUGCUGGUACAACUGCCAGAGCUUCCAUCUAAAAACCUAUUUUUCAACAUGAACAAUCGCCAACAUGUAGAUCAGCGUCGUCAAGGUUUGGAAGAUUUCCUCAGAAAGGUCCUCCAGAAUGCACUUUUGCUUUCAGAUAGCAGCCUUCACCUCUUCUUGCAGAGCCACCUGAAUUCAGAAGAUAUUGAGGCGUGCGUUUCUGGACAGACAAAGUACUCAGUGGAAGAAGCAAUUCACAAGUUUGCCUUGAUGAACAGACGUUUCCCUGAAGAAGAUGAAGAAAGAAAAAAAGAAAAUGAUAUAGAUUAUGAUUCUGAAAGUUCAUCCUCUGGGCUUGGACACAGCAGUGAUGACAGCAGCUCACAUGGAUGUAAAAUAAGCACAGCUCCGCAGGAAUCUUGAGAAAGAAUUCUAAUGUUACUACCUUAGUAAUAGCAAAUUGUGUCCAGUCAUGAAGAAAGCUUGCUAAUAAUAUAUUCUUACCUAAAGCUCACUGUCAUAAUGUUAGGUAUUAAAAUUCUUAAAGAUGUUGGGUUGUUUAUUAGUGGUAUUUUUAUGUUGUCUUAUAUUGGUUAAGCUUCUGUAAAAAACUAAAAGCAUGUGAAUGCAGUACUAUCCUUUAUAGGCAAAAAUUAUUGGUGAACAAGAUUCUGCCCUCAAAUGAAGUGAUUUAUAUAUAUUUAAAAACCUAGUUGGGUUUAUUGAAUUUUAAAAGAUAGGUAAAUAGGUAGCAUUUAAAAUCAAGUUAGAUCAUUCCUCCUUGUUUCAACAGGGCAGCAUUACCAUAAACGCACUUGGUAAGCUGUGUACUGUUAACCACACUGAAAACGGGAUUGGUGUAGAGCAGGCUGCCUCUCUGGACAUGUGGCUGUUAUUUUGUGGAUAUCUCCCUUACACUGGGAAAACACGUUGCUUUUUGGGUAUUCGGUUGAAAUGUUUCAAUAGUAUUUAACCUUUGCAGUAUUCUACUUCACACUUAGAUGGAAAAUGUAUCUUAUGAAUAGAUACACAUUAAAAUAUUGUUUAUGCCUUAGAAAACACAGAAAUAAUGCUAGUAGUUUUACUUAGACUGGCAAUAUAUAGAUUCAGAAAUACAUUUUCAUUGUCCAACAUCACUUGAAACAAAAGGUUUCUGGAAAUGAAUAAUUUGUUUUCUUUAUCAUUGUGUAAUUAGAAUUACAGGUUAAUGAUUUAUUCUCUGUGCAACUUCUUGUCACUAAAUAACUUUCAGUGUCAUGGUAGUUAAUUGUUAUUUAUCUUUAAGGCAGAAGAAGGAUCUUAUAAAAAUUAAUAAAUUUGUUUUUCCCAAUAAAUAUUCCCAUAAUUUAGAAAAGGAUGUUGACUUGCUCAUCUCAGAAUUAAUUAUUCAUUUUUAAAAAGUCUUUUCUUUUUUGUCAUCCUCAGGAUUGGUACAAUUUUAAUAAAAUGUCUUUUUUUAGUGGCCCAAAGAUAAAAUGUCUUAGACAAACUACUUUGAACUUCAAAUUUCAGAUGAGGCAGCAUUAUCUUGAGAUAAUUAUCCAAGUUUCCUCUUUGUUGAAUGGUACAAAAAUAUCUCUUGGAAACAAACAGAAGAUAUUUUCACAUAACUGAGGUAACUUGUUGCUUUAAUUAAAUGUUAUCCAGCCUAAUUGUUAGAGAGUAGCAGAGGCUGCUACAAAAUACAGCCUUUUCAUUUUAUUUUAAAUAGGAGUUUAAAAGUUAUUCUAUUAUUAAAAAGUCUUUGAAAUGUUUGAAAUGUCUGUAAGUAAGAACCAACAGAGAAAAUUAAAUUUAGAAUGAGUUCCUUAAUUUUUCCCUUUUUUUUUUUUCCCUCAGGUCUAAAACAUUUAGGCUUUUGUAAAUAUUUUGAUUUAAUGUAUCUUGGAUCAUGUUACUUUAUCAUCUGACUCAUUAUUUGAAAUCAGAAAAAUAAGAUUUAGCAAUUUCUUAUUAUCUUGCCAACAUGUGAAGGUUGCCAUCCAGGCAUUUAAGCGUGAUCCUCAACCUUUCAGCAACAUGUAUUUGAAUUCACUAUCUUUCUGUUUUACAGCAGUUUUGAAAAGCAUAUACUGUGCCACUGAUCGUCCUAUUUUUAGAUGAUGUAACAUAGCCAUUAAAACUGAUGCUAAGUAAUGCCUCAUACUUGGGCAUGUAAACUUCACUAGAUCGUUGUUUUCACAUUAAACAUGUAAAAAUCAA